AUAACAAACAAUAACUUCCUUAAUAACUAAGAAGGACACUCGCAUUUCAUUUGCUCAAUUUCACACCCUCCAACAAAAGUUUGAGUUGGAAGCACAUCAUAAACAAAGCAAAAACUGAGUGCCUCUCUCCCUUUUUAAGUGGAAAGAAAGCUGAAGACACUACAAGAAGAAACCAAUAGAGAAGAAACUAGAGAGAGUGAGAGUGAGAGAUAUGUAUAGGUUCAGCAACACAGUGAUCGGGUUCUUGAACUUGUUCACACUUUUAGCAUCAAUACCUAUAAUUGGAGCAGGACUAUGGAUGGCAAGGAGCAGCACAACAUGUGAAAAUUUUCUCCAAACCCCUCUUUUGGUUAUAGGAUUCGUUGUGCUUGUGGUGUCAUUAGCAGGCUUCAUUGGUGCAUGCUUUCAUGUGGCAUGUGCACUAUGGUUGUACUUGGUGGUCAUGUUGUUCCUCAUAGCAGCACUCAUGGGUUUGACCAUAUUUGGUUUUGGUGUGACUAGCCAGGGUGGUGGUGUGGAAGUGCCUGGCAGGGUUUAUAAGGAGUAUCAUCUUCAAGAUUACUCACCAUGGUUGAAGAAGAGAAUUCAGGAUCCUCGCUAUUGGAACACCAUUAGGAGCUGUAUUUUGGGGUCUAAAACUUGUGCCAAGCUUGCCUCUUGGACCCCUCUUGAUUAUAUGCAGAGGGAUAUGUCUCCAAUACAGUCUGGAUGUUGUAAGCCACCAACUGCAUGCACUUAUAACGUGGCAACAAUGAUGAUGAGCCAAGACCCUGAUUGCUACAGGUGGAAUAAUUCUCCCAAUUUGCUCUGCUAUGAGUGUGAUUCUUGCAAAGCUGGUGUGCUUGAAGACAUGAGAAGGAACUGGCACAAGCUCUCAGUUCUCACCGUCACCAUGCUUGUUCUUCUCAUAGGGAUUUAUUCCAUUGGAUGUUGUGCUUUCAGAAACACAAGAAGAGCUGAAACUGAUUAUCCCUAUGGUGAAAACCGGAUGACCAAAGUCCGACCCAGAUGGGAUUACCAUUGGUGGAGAUGGUUACAUGACAGGAAAGAACAGCUUUAUUAACUACCAUCCAUCCAUAGUGGGACAAUUCAAUUCACUAGUAUGGGUAGGGAAAGCAUCAAGGCCUUUGUUUCUGCCACCUUUCCUAAUUGGCUGCAUUUUUGUUUUUGUAUAAAGCAUAUAAUUUUGGCUUUUGCUUUAUCUUAAAUAUCACAACACUUUAUUUUGCAUGCCUUUUCU